AAGGAAUGAGAAAUGAACUGCAAAAUUCAGAAGAGCCGAUGAGACUUUGGAAAGAAAAAAGAAAACAAGAAGAAAAAAAAAUAAAAAAAGGGAAAAAAAGUCAAUAAAAAACCAGGAGGGAUGGGGGGAGCAGCUGGGUUUAGUUCCCAGUUCCUGGGAGAUGGUUUAUUUCUUCUUUAUAGGAAUCAAAAAUAUAUUUGUCAUUUACCAAAUUAAAUAAAAAUAAUCCUAGCAUUAAAUUAUUUUUAGUACAUUAAGAGUUACGUUCUUAUGGGCAAUCAUCUAUUUGUAACACUGUAAUGGAGUAACUGGCAAUUUCAUACAGCUUCGGGAUCGAUUUUUUCCUAUUUGCCAUGUACCUAUGCAAAUAAAUAUCCCAUUUGAUUCAUGUCCAUAUAGUAGGAUCUGCCUGCUUCUUUCUUACUCCUUUAAUAUUUAAUUAUUUAAAACAAGGAGAAAUCUCACGGGAAUUUUUGUCUCAAAAAUAGCUGACUUUUUCUUGUCAUUCGAGAAUAACAGAAAAAAGAUGUGAAAAUCUAAUUCUUUUUAAGUCCUAAAACUGAAACUCUAAAAAGGACGAGGAGAAAAAAAUCUUAAACUCCAGAAACCAAACUUCCUCCCCUCCCUUUUUACAUGAAUAUUCUGAGUUUUUACUGUAGCUAUUCAUAGUCAUACCUAAAUGUAGUCUAUAAAUCUACUAAUAUAUUAUUUAACACUCUAACUACUGGUAUAAAAAAUUAUAAAAUAUUCUGUUGGCAAUACAUUUAAUUGAAUUCUUUUUAGAGACAGCUUGUUACUGCCAGACAUGCUUUUAGAGAUAGUAUGGAGAAAUAAAAGAAUUCCAGAAGGCAGUAAAACAAAUAAUCACCAUUUUCACCAUUACUUCCAGAUACCCUCCUAUCCAGUCACUAAAUCCUUUAAGUCUAAAUCAAAGAGUUUCCAUGAGCAAAAUUGCACAGAUAAUUUCAAAGAAUAUAAAAAUUAUGUCGAUGUUUUAUUUGAAGAGAGAAAUUGAAAUUCACACAGUACUCUACUGGCUGAGACGUCCGAGGAGUUAUUAGAGGAAAAACAGAAAUAAACCAGGCUAGUUUAGCCUGAACUUUAGAGGCCUGUUUCAAAAUAAUCAGGGUCAAUGCAAAUCCUUUUCUUAAUUGCAAUGUGCUUGUGCCUCUAAAAGUUUGAAGCAUUGUCCUUCUUCUUAAUCUCUCUGCUGAUUUUUAUUAUCAGGUAUCUGCAAGAUUCUCUGAGACGUAGGAGUAAUAAACAAUAUUAUAAACCAUUCAAAGCAAGCACUGCCUUUUAUUCCUUUUAUUACUUUUUUUCCCAACAAAGCAACUUACACAUUGGGUUUGAACUACCUCAGCACAACUCCUAAUCAGAGAAGUAUCUGUAGGGGUUAGUGAGGUUUUUUUUAUUGUAACAUCUGAACACUGCAGAUCUGCUGAAAAGAAAAGAGGUCAGUAGUGCUGCUCAGCACAGGCCAGGGAUUUUCAGCUUCCACUGGUCACACACUUCAGUUUGGUGUGUGCCAGGAUGACAAGAUUUGGGGACAAGCAAGGGAUUGGGCAGGGGAUGCUGAUCAGGUGAAGGCUCCCCCACCACAUCCCCUGCCAGGAGGCUUCUUGCCCGGCACAGCCCCACUGAGGCACAGACAGGCUUUGGUCCAUAACUGGUUAAAAAUCGACUGGGUCCAGGGUAGGGUGGGAGGUAAUUAUCUGCAGCUUGAAAACUUUAGGAUGAAGUUUCCCUUUUAAAUCUAAGAUGGUGCAGAACUGGCGUGGGGCUGUGAGUGCUCAGUGGAAUGGGGACAGUCCUUACCCACCUUCCGAGAACUGCUCUUUACACUCAGCCACUUCGGGAGAUCAGGCAGGAGACGGGCAGAUAUCUUGUUCCUAUGUGGCAAGGAAGUAAUUUUUGACAGGCAAGUCUACACUGUCUCCUGGCAGCAAGCACUAAGCAGCUAUGCCAGUUAUUUGGGCAAUUUUGCCAGAAUAUUAUCCUGGGGGUUGAUGUGCACACAGCAUGGAUGUACACCCUCCAUCAUCAGAGCAGCUCUUCUUGCAGAGAAUUCAUCCGAGUGCAAUUCAUUACCCCAAACGGGACGUCUGGACACGGCUCGGGGGUUAAAAUGUGUUCUCAGGCUGUGUGGGGAGCCAUGGCAUGGAGGCACUGAGGGCCAGCCAGUCACACACCUCUCCACAUAUGGGGAGCCCCUGGCUGUCCCUCUCUCCAUCCAGACCUCAUCCCUCUGGUCCUGUCUUCCAGGGCACCCUGUACUUCCCUUCCCAGUACCCAUCCAGAUGCUGACAGAUGCCAAGUGGCAUCUGCAGCCACCUAAAGCCUCUGCACAGGACGUGAAGGGAGUAACACAGUUUGGGCCAGGGGCUUGUGGCCGGUGGGCUCAGUGGGAGCCGGGCCGGGUGAGGGAGAGCUACAGCCAGGUGUGCCCAGGGCGAGCUGGGACAGCCAGGUUUUACCACAACAUUCAAGAUUUUCCACUUCCAGCCCUUUCCCUUGCAGUAAAGAUCGAAUCAGAACACAAACACUCAAAUUUACAACAAGUAAAAAUAAAAAGAAAGCAAGAGAAAGGAACCCCGACGAGCACUGCAGCACCCCUCUCCCUGCCAUUCCCAUGCGCUCAGCUGCUGCUUGCUCUUCUCCUCCAAGUCGGAGCCCAUGCCUCUUCCGAUACCCAGGAAAACAUUUUGUUCUGCGUUAAAGGCUAAAGCUAACACAUGACCAGCGAGAGGCAGCAGUUUGUUUAGCUCUUGGAGUUUAUUUUAAUUGCGGCCUUGUUUUGUAAUGAGGACGGCUGCAGCAGGGGGAGCCUGCUGGGAUCCGGGGGGCUGUUCCAGAGGAGUUUCCUUAUCAAUAACAAGAACUCUCAACUAUUUAAAUUAACAACAACUGCAUGGCAUGCAUGCUCAGCUGCUUUGUUUUCUGGGAAGUUAAACUGUACACAUUUGCUUAUUAAGGAUCUCAGUGGCUGGCCAGGAUCACAAGUUCCCUCCAAGUGCCACCUUUCAAAUCCCCAACCUCCACCAGGGAGGAAUGAAGACGAGAGAAACGGGCCCCGUGUUCAUGCUGACAGACACAAAACAGCCUGGUAAACCUUAGCAGUUUGUUAUGAUGAUGCAUGAAAAAAAAAAUGAGGAAAAUAUGUAAAAUCAUGUGAUUUUUAUGCAAAUCAGAUGAAUUGGACAGUUUAAAAAAACCUUAAAUGUCAGGUAGAUAAGAUCAUAUACACCUAGAGCAGUGUCAUGAUGUUCUCUGUACAUUACAUUCAUACUGGAAACCAAAACGUGUUACAGAAAUCAGACACCCACAAAAAGCUCUGAGAUUGCACUGAGAACAGGUUCCUGCAAAGCACCGGCCUCUGACAAAAAAAAAAAAAAAAAAAAAAGCAAAAGAAAAAAAGUAGGUUAGAUUAGAAAACAAGAUAGCUGAAUUCAGGCAGGGACUCGGCUGUCCCUGCGCAGCCUGGCCUCGCUGCAUUCACAUUAAUAUGCACAAAACUCCUUUUAAGUAACGUUCAUGCGGUGGCACCCAGCUCCAAAAUGGGCAGGCUGUUCCUGAAACCCAUCCUCAAGGGCUACGGGGAAGGGGAGAGGUUCACAGGCUCUCUUCUGUCAGGCUGAACUUUUCUUUCUUAGACACAUUUUUAUUUUCCCUUUAAAAGUCCUGGCAGUUAUUUUUGUGUGAGGAUGGGGAAGUCUUAUGGCCUGAAGGAGUUAAUUUCAAAAGAAAAAAUUAUAGCGGGGUACUGUUUAUUUAAGCAGUGUUUUGUAGAAGACAAGGCAUUUCUUUCCAGGGGUGUGGUUCACCUGGGAAAAAUACGCACUGGCCUCGAUAUACCAUAAAAUCCUGCUCUGUGUCCCCUGAAGGAAAAUGACCCAAGCCCGGGGACUCCCCUCACUGCCAAGUAGCACCUCCAGCUCCGAGGCCCUUCAACAUCCAACUGCAGCUCCCAGGGAUGGCUGAAUAAUUUCACACUACUCUGUGCCCUGCACGCCAGCACACAGACAGAGGGGUUGUUUUUCAUGCCAGGAGCUUUGCCAGGGGAGAACAUGAAGAAGCUGGAGAGGGACAGUCCGUGGGAGGGUGUGAGGCACCUGUGGCAAUGCCCAGCACUGCUCCUGCCUCUGCUCCUGCUCCUUGGAGCUGCUCCUGCAUGACCAGAAAUACCCCUGCCAGCUCGGAGGGGAACCAUUUCCCAGCAGCAUCACCCCUGUUCCAGCACUGCCACCACUUUGCGGGGUGGCACUUGGGGGGUUCAAACCCUUGCCUGGGUGAGGAGCUCUCUGCAGCAUGGAGGGCGUUUUUGAGAGAGGGGUGUGUGGAGCUGAUCCCCCAGCGGGGUUGCCACGGCCUCCCACAGGCAGGGCCGAGCUGCUGCUCCUCCACGUGCCACACAGGCACCUCGUGGGUGUGCAGGAGCCACGCCGAGCCCCGGGCUGCUGAGAAACGUCCCACGGCCGACACGGGGCUGCCGGUGGCUUUGCACACUCCCACCAGCGACCCUCCCCACCACGGGGUCACCAUUCUCCCCCAAAGAGAAAACACUUGCAGAGGCAGGGGAAGCUGUCCCCACCAGGACGCUGCCGCCCUGGCAGCCACCACCACUGCCAGCGGCUGCCGUGCUUGUCCCCAGAGCUGGGACAGGCAAAGGAAGAGGGUGUCAAGGCCACACUCAGCAAAGAUCCCUCUGGCCAAUGGUGGGAGAGGGCUCCCAGGAAAAUGACUCCAUCUCCAGCUCCCUGAAGUCCCCAGCGAGGCAGCACAGGGACCGCUGGUGCUUUUGGGGCAGCAGGAAGCAGUGGGGAGCAGAGGCGGGUGGCAAGAGCCUGUGGGUAGCUGCAGCCGGGCCCUGAGUGACAGCGAGGGAGCAGGAGAAGGUAUAACACCAGAGCAGAAAGGCCCAAAACUCAGCAAAGGCGCCCAGGCCGCUCAUUUCCCAGUCCGAAAGAGAUGCUGCUGGCUGCUCCCUAUGUCCCCGCAACGAGACGGGUUAGGAUGGAAAUUCUGAUGCAAGCCCGGCUUGGCUGUGGCCAGGCAGAGUGAGAAAUCUUCCCCCGUAAAGAGUGCUACUUGAACGGAAGCCGUGCUCGACCUCGGGUCUCCACCAAAAAUCCCCCAAGCGGCAGCCCUCCCGCUGCUGCUCCCGGGCGUCCCGCGGGCGCUGCGCUCGCUGGGCUCCGGCUAAAGCGAAAGCGUCACACGCUGCAGAGAAAUGACAAACAGAACAGAGCUCCCAACAACCCCCUUCCUCUGGGUUUCAUUGCUGGGGAAAAAGGGAAAAAAAAAAAAAAAAACCGAAUCAAAAUCCCGGAACGGAGUUGCUACUCUUGGGUCUGUCCCUCCUUGGGUCACUUGCAGAGCCGGGAGCUCUCUCCCUGCCCCGGGCCGGGAUCGGAGGCGCACAAACCACCCAGCUCCAGCUGCACCCGCUCCCUGGGAAUCCCACACUGCAUUUUAACUACAGGGAAGCCGUCUCUCCAGCAGAUCUGUACCACCUCAAGUGUCUCGGGAGUACCAUCCCUGUCUUGCCACCGGGCUAUUUUUAAUGACGAGUCGUAUUAGCACAAGGGCUUUCUUCCUAAUUUAUUACACCCCCCCCCACCCCCGGCCGCCCAACCUCCUUGCUUUAAAAUGUUUCGGUUCAAGAUCUCAGCUGAGAAAUCAAAAUAAAGGCAGCACCCGGGCACUCUGCGUCCAAGGCGGCCGCUCCGUGGGCUCGCCACUGCUGGAAUCAGUAGCUCCGAGCAACUGCACCAGUGGACCGAGGGCACCGUGACCUGCGGUGGUUAUUCUCGUAAACAAAUUUCUAUUAAUCACCAGGGCCCGGGAAUGCCUUCACAGCCCAGAGCGCGCCUUCCCCCGCUCCCCACCAGCCCGACCGGCAGCUCGCAGCCCAAAAACCCGUCCGGGAAAGCCAAACGAGCGAUCUGAACCACCCCCAAAGCCGAGCCUUGCUGCAGGCCCCCAGGAAGUAAACACGCGAGGCUGGGGGACAGGCGCAGGAAUCUCCAGGGAUUUGCAUCCACGGAGCUGCAUCUCCACAGGGGAGCGGGGAAGGUUGGGGUGACAGGUCCCCUCCCGUGCCCGCCCUGCGGAACCCACCCGCGACACUGAUCGCGAGGCUUCGCAUUAUUCCCCCUUCCCACCUCCCAGCAAAGGCCUUUGCCCGGCAAGACGCAAAAAGUGCAGACAUAAAAUCCCUUUCCAGAAAAGCCGAAGCGAUUCUGCAUCCCCAGCACAGUACAACAAUUCCAUACAAGCAGAAUAUUUAUAGACUUACAGGUUAUUUUGCAACAAUAACAAAACAGCUACACAGAAUUAACCCACCACUUGAGUGUCCUGGAAAGGAAAAGAGAACACGGAUGGAAAAAAAAAAAAAAAAAAGAAGAAGAAAAAAAUCAUCAAAUUGAUCUGGGUAUUUUUUAAAAAUAAAUAAAAAAGAAAAAAAUUAAAAAUAAAACCAAAAAUUAAUAUGGGGAGUUCAUGGGGAACCGUCUUUAAGGAAAAAGCUUCUUUCCCCAAGAGUAAAUCCCAUUGAAGGCCCUGAGCCGAGUGUGGCUCUUUGCAAAAAAUAAUUUAAAAAAAAAAGCUGAAUGAGUGAAAAAAUAAUUAAAGGAAAAAAGCAAAAAUCCAGAACAAUGCCGCUGGCUCCUGGCUUUGCUCGCUGGGUUGUUUGAUGGUUUGGGGUGUUUUUUAAGGGGGGGGGGAGGGUGUUUUAGAAACGCAAAAGUGACCCCCCGCCCCAGAGUAAAUAAAUAAAAAAAAAUAACAAAGAUAAAUUAUAAUUAAAAAUGCAUACAUAUAUAUAUAUAUAUAUCUAUAUAUAUAGAUUAAUAAGUAAGAGGCGCAUUUUUUUUUCCAAGAUCUCUUCGCUCGUUUUCGGAGAGGCUUGGGAGAGAAAAUAAAAAAAAAAAAGAAAAAAGCCAAAAAAGCCAGAAGCGGAGGCUGGUGGUGGCAGGGGGUGUGAUGUGUGUUUGCACCGCCCGGAGCUGUGCCCGGGACCCCCCGUUUUCCUCUCCCGCCGCCGCCGCCGCUGCUCGAUCCGCGCCGCGCGCGCUGCUCCGCGCCCGCGCGCCCCCCACGUCACCGACAGCACCCGCCGCCACGUGACCCGCCGGCCGGGCGCGACCACUGCUGGAAGGGGGGAACGGGGAGGGGGAUGAACGGGGGGAGACACCGUGAGACCCCCGCCGCCGCCGCGGCCCCCCCGAGAUACGCGCCCCCACCUCGCCCACCCCGUUGCCGGCCUCGCCGGGGGAGCGCGCACGCCGGGAGGGGCGCGGCGCCGCGGAAGGCGCGGAGGGGGGAGGUCCGUGGCCCUCCCCAUGCCGAGCGCGAUGGUAGAGUCCGCAGCUCAAAUUCCGAGAAUUGGGCUCUGUUGAUUCUUAGAACUGGGGUUCUUAGAAGUGGUGAUGCAAGGAGUUUCUAGGAAAGCCCGGAGACCAGGUUUGAAAGAAACUUUUGGACUGUGAAUUGAGGCAUUGGACUCAAGAUGGCCUCGCCGGCAGACAGCUGCAUCCAGUUCACGCGCCACGCGAGCGACGUCCUCCUCAAUCUCAACCGCCUUAGAAGCCGGGAUAUCUUGACCGAUGUUGUCAUCAUCGUGAACCGGGAGCAGUUCAGAGCCCACAAAACAGUCCUGAUGGCCUGCAGUGGCCUCUUCUACAGCAUCUUCACUGACCAGCUCAAGUGCAACUUGAAUGUUAUCAACCUGGAUCCUGAAAUUAACCCUGAGGGGUUUUGCAUCCUCUUGGACUUCAUGUACACCUCCCGCCUGAACUUGAGGGAGAACAAUAUCAUGGCUGUGAUGGCCACAGCACUCUACCUGCAGAUGGAGCACGUGGUUGACACCUGCCGAAGGUUUGUCAAGUCUAGUGAAGCAGAGAUGGUGUCUGCUGUGAAGACCCCAAGGGAAGAGUUUUUGGCUGGACGGAUGCUGGGCCACCCGGAGGUGAUGGCUUAUCGGAGCAGAGAUGUCUCAGAGAACGGCAUGCCUCUUCAAAACGGGUCCCUCUGCAACGGGAGGGCCUUCGCACCUGGCUUGAUCAACAGUUUGUCUGGAUCCCCCAUUUCCUACCAUGGAUACAGCCCUCUCCCUCUAAAUAGCUUCCUAGUGGAUGAUGAGUUGCGGGAGAUGAGGAUGCCUCUCUCUGAACUCUCAAGGGCAGGUGCCUUCCCCAAGGAGAGGAUCCUGCCGUGCGACAGCUCCAGGACAAUCCCCACUGAGUACGUGAGAACCAUUACUGACAUCUCUGCCAACAUGUGCCAUGCCACCAUCUAUGCUCCAAAAGAAGGUGCUGCUGAAGAAGCCAGGAGUGACAUGCACUACAGCGUGGCUUCUGGGCCCAAACCUGUCAUCCCUUCAGUCCGGAACAAUCCCUACUUCCCUUGUGAUAAAGUGGCCAAAGAGGAGGAGCGGACCUCUUCAGAGGAUGAGAUCAGCCAGCACUUUGAGCCCACCAACACACCCCUGGACCGCAAGGGACUCAUCAGCCCUCAGAGCCCACAGAAGUCAGACUGCCAGCCCAACUCACCAACUGAGUCCAGCAGCAGCAAGAAUGCCCGUAUCGGCCAGAACUCCAGCUCCCUCUUCACCAAGAGCCCCACAGACCCCAAAGCCUGCAACUGGAAGAAGUACAAGUUCAUUGUCCUCAACUCUCUCAACCAGAACACCAAGCAAGACAGCGCUGACCAGAACGAGAUGGGAACCCUCUCUCCUCGCACCUAUGUGCCCAUGUCCACUUGCCAGCAGUCCAUGGAGCCGGAGCAUCUCAAUGUGCAAUCCCCCACCAAGAUAAGCGUGAAUGGUGAAGACUCUACAAUCCCACAAGCGAGCAGACUCAACAAUAUUGUUAACAGGUCCCGGGAUGGGUCCCCUCGGAGCAGCGAAGGGCAGUCCCCACUGUACAUGCAUUCAUCGAAGUGCAGCUCCUGUGGCUGCCAGUCCCCACAACAUACUGAGAUGUGCCUUCAUACCCCUGGCUCAAAUUUUGGAGAAGAGAUGGGGGAAACCCAGUCUGAAUACUCUGACUCCAGCUGCGAGAAUGGAGCCUUCUUCUGCAACGAGUGCGACUGCCGGUUCUCCGAGGAGGCCUCUCUCAAGAGACAUUCUCUGCAAGUGCACAGUGACAAGCCCUACAAGUGUGACCGCUGCCAGGCCUCCUUUCGCUACAAGGGGAACCUCGCCAGCCACAAAACCGUCCACACAGGAGAGAAGCCGUACCGCUGCAACAUCUGCGGAGCACAGUUCAACCGACCAGCCAACCUGAAAACCCACACACGCAUCCACUCUGGGGAGAAACCCUACAAGUGUGAGACUUGUGGGGCCAGAUUUGUCCAGGUGGCCCACCUCCGUGCUCACGUGCUCAUUCACACCGGGGAGAAGCCGUACCCCUGUGAGAUCUGCGGCACACGCUUCCGGCACCUGCAGACCCUCAAAAGUCACCUUCGAAUCCACACAGGAGAGAAACCGUAUCAUUGUGAGAAGUGCAACCUGCAUUUCCGCCACAAAAGCCAGCUGCGGCUCCACCUGCGGCAGAAGCACGGGGCCAUCACCAACACCAAGGUGCAGUACCGCAUCUCGGCCAGCGAGGUGCCUCCCGAGCUCCCCAAGGCCUGCUGAAGGCGCAGGAUUUCCCAGGAGGAGGUCGUCUGGGGGAGCAUGGCGGGGAGAAGCUGUCCAAAGGAUACUUGCAACACUUUAAAAGAGAAAAAAAAAAAAAAAAAAAAAGAGAGAGAAAAAAUAUUCAUCACAUGAUGGAGUGCCUCUAAACCCAUAGUACAGAUAGGUGGAAAAACAUUAGAAAUUAAAAAAAAAAAUUACAAAUACACGGGUUUUAUUUUUCCCAGUUAUGUGAAACAAAAAGAAAAAAUAAAAUUAUUCAGAUCUUACUGUAUAUAAAACAUUAAAAAAUUUAAAAUAGUCAUUUUAAAUGUCUGUGCAGUGGAGUGUUGAUAAACUCUGGAGUCUAACCUUCACAGCCUUUGCCGUUUGAAGAUGAGGAAUGUAAUGUUGAUUUAUGGGAACAGAUUUUUUUCUUUUGUAUGCAAAAUGUGUGUUCUUUUAAAGAGAAAGUAUGCUAUUAAAGAGAGGGCUUUAACUUUUUUAACCAAAGGUGAAGGAAUCUAUGGCAGAGUUGUAAAUAUAUAUAGAUAUAAAUAUAUAAAUAUAUAUAUAAAAUAAAUAUAUAUAGACCUUUAAAAAAGCUAUAUUAAAAAUAUAUAAAAUGCAUUAAAGGCUCAGUUGGACUCUGCAGGCAGAAGCCACUCUGAGAAUCUUUAUUAUGAUAGAGCACUUAAGGAGAUAUUUUAAAGUAUUGCAUCUGUACAAGUAAGAAAAUAUUUUGUCUAAAUGCAUCAGUGUAUUUGUAUUUUUUUGCAAGUGAAGGUUUACAAUUUACAAAAAAGUGUGUAUUAAACCAACAAAGCUGCAGAAGGAAUUUAAAAUAAUAAUAAAGUGUAAUUUUUUUGUUCUAGUUCUCAGUCUGUAUAUAUGUAAAAUGUGGUUUCGCACGGUGCCUUUCUUUUCAAUGGAAGUUUUCAGUGUAUGGACUAUAUUGAGCUCAGUUUUUUCAAGGUACAGCCUGAUGUUGCAAAAGGAGUUUUGGUGGAACUCUUAAGUGGGGGAAUGUUUUAUUUUUUUUUGUUUUGGAUUUUUUUUUUGGUCUUAUUUUACAUGCUUGUGUUAUAAACAAUCUCGGGAGACAGGGUUUGGGCUGUGUCUAAACUGCAUUAAUGCGUUCUGUAAAAUAUAGCUGUACAAAUAAAAGAAUAAAAUGAAGAAAAGU